AAACCAUAGCUUUGAUUAGACGGACCUUUGUCGGCAAGGUAAUGUCUGUCUAGUCAUGGCAACAGAGAGUAGGAUUAUAAAGGGUUACAUAUCCGUUUACCACUUAAUCAUUAGUAUCCUGCCCGGACAGUCGGUCUGGGGCGGUGGGCCUGUGGGAUUGUCUCACCACAGCUUCUUUGCUAUACAUGGGAGAGGGAACCACAUCAGAAGCUGACAUUCCUGAGAAAGGAGGAUGCGUUAAAAACUCACAGAAUAAAGCCUUUGAAAAGGAAAGUUGAUGAGAUGAAGUGCUUCCACCACCAGCAGUGGGGACAGUGGGCCAGUAGCCAUGUAAUCUCCCACGCACCAUCCCCUUUUGUAGCUGCUGGAAGCUCUGGAGUCCUCUGACCUGCUGUCAUCCUGGUUAGACUUGUCACAACCUUAUUCUCUUCCUGUUGACUGUCGUCCUCUGAUUGGUCUGGAGUCUUGUGUGGUUAGCUGUCAGUGGCAGCUCCAGCUUGCUUCCCCAUAUUUAUCUAUGGGAGCUCCCCGUGGCAGAAUGCAGGAGCUGUGUCAGGUUCCAUAUCAGCCAAAUAAGGACAUAAAUCUCCGUCCAGUAAGAACCUCAUCAGUUACCAAUUAAAUCAAGGCAUGGUAGUGUUUUGUUUUUUUUUUCUUUUUAAAGCAUAGUUUCAGUAAUAUAUUUAUUUAAACCUUAGACAUUAUCAAAAAAAAAUCAAUAUUUGGAAUCUUAACUACUUGGCCAAAUUAACACUGGAUAUAGACCAACAGUUUCACGCUGGGGUUUAUGGGCCUUCUAGGAGCACCCGUGUGCUGAAGGAAGGCAAAGAGCUACAGAAUUUCUAGAAAGUCUUAUAGUUGCUUCUGAAUAUUUUUUCCCCCUGGCAACCUAGCAGUCAAAGCUCACGUUUUUGGACAAUGAAACGUUCUUCCCAGGACAGCAGCUCUCGCAACAUUCCUGAAGAUAGAAAGCUUUAUGUUGUGGAUUCCAUAAACGAUCUGAACAAACUAAACCUCUGUCCUGCCGGAUCACAGCAGCUGUUCCCUCUAGAGGAGAAACUCCAGGACGUCAGCACUGAUUCAGGAAAUGGAAGCCACAGUCUGUUUUUGGUGGGGCUGAUCAUCGUGCUGAUUAUCAGCCUGGCACUGGUUUCCUUUGUGAUAUUUCUGAUAGUUCAGACCGGCAACAAGAUGGAAGAUGUGUCAAGACGACUAGCAGCUGAAGGAAAGGACAUAGAUGAUCUUAAGAAAAUCAACAGCAUCAUCGUAAAGCGACUCAACCAGCUGGACUCAGAACAGAACUAAAGAAAUGAAUCGUCCAAGAGCAACUGCUAACACCUGAGCCUCUCACGGUCCAGGGAGGGUGUAGGGUUUAAGAUCCACCAAGGGCAUUUCUGUGGGUCUUGAAAGGCUGAGUUUCUAUUACAGGGAUGGGAGCAACUCCGAGGCAAGAGGGGCUGGGGGCAGCCCCAGAAAGGGGCUCGUUUUGUGGCAGUCCUUCAGCUUUCGCAGGAUCAAGGGUGGCAGGCACGGAGGAGAAACAACAGUAAACGCGAAAGGGAAUUUGGCUCUGCCUGUCAGCUUCUUCUACCAAAGGAGAUUUGUCACCAAAAUAAGGUCACGGUGGCCAGUAAAGUUCAUGGCCCCUCAUGUAUCUUUAUGAACUUCCAGGAAAGCCUAAGGGAUGUGUUAAAUUGUUUGUAUUCAAAGAAAUCAGGUGAUAAUUCUUUUCAAUAAAACAGAUUCUGCUCAGGUGA